AUGGGUUCGUCUGCGAUCGGCACGAUGGCGACUCUAGCCGCGAGCGUGAUGCUUCUGACCUUGGUCACCGUCUCUCGAGCUGCUCUGGCCAGGACAGCGUUCGAGAAGCUGACCGACUAUGAUUACCGCGGGAACACGUAUUACAGCGUACGAAAUCUAUCGUUGUACGAGUGUCAAGGAUGGUGCAGAGAAGAGGCCGAGUGUCAAGCGGCGGCGUUCUCGUUCGUGGUGAAUCCUUUGGCGCCUAUGCAAGACACUCUCUGCCAGCUGCAGAACGAGACAUCGGCUACGAAUCCCGCGGCGCAGCCGCAGAGAGCCGUGAACAUGUACUACAUGACGAAGCUUCAGAUCAGAUCAGAGAACGUAUGCCUGCGACCAUGGUCCUUCGAACGUGUGCCGAACAAAAUGAUUCGCGGUCUGGAUAACGCACUGAUUUAUACAUCGACGAAGGAGGCUUGUCUCGCGGCUUGUCUGAACGAGCAUCGUUUCACUUGCCGUUCCGUCGAAUACAAUUACGUUACGCUCCAGUGUCACCUGAGCGACUCCGAUCGAAGAACAACCGGUCAGUACGUGCAAUUCGUGGACGCCCAGGGAGUCGAUUACUUUGAGAAUCUUUGCCUAAAAGGAAAAGAGGCUUGCAAAUCUCAAAGGAUCUUCCAGAUGCCCAGAAUCGGCGUGGCCGACGAUAAGGUCGCGCAGUAUGCUGGCUUGCACUAUUACACGGACAAAGAGCUCCAAGUUCAGAGCGAAUCCGCGUGCAGAUUGGCCUGCGAGAUCGAAAACGAGUUCCUUUGCAGAUCUUUCCUCUAUCGCGGCGCCCCUCAGGGAUCGGCUUACAAUUGCCAGCUGUUCCAUUUGGAUCACUGGACUCUUCCCGAUGGUCCCUCGGCGUACCUCAAUGCGGAAAGACCACUGAUCGAUAACGGAGAGAGGGUCGGGACAUAUUUCGAGAACUACUGCGAAAAGGGUGCAGGACCUGCCGCGGAUCCGCUUCCAGUUGUCUUCGAAACCACGGAAGAUCCUACGAUAAACAACCUCACGAGGAACGACAUAAAUUGCGACAAAACUGGUACCUGCUACGACGUGUCGGUGGACUGCAAGGAUACGCGGAUCGCCGUUCAGGUUCGCACCAACAAACCCUUCAACGGUCGUAUUUACGCCCUCGGUCGAUCGGAGACAUGCAACAUCGACGUUCUGAACAGCGAUCUUUUCAGGCUCGAUCUAACAAUGAGCGGCCAGGAUUGUAACACUCAGAGCGUGCGUGACGGUUUUCAGACUGGCAUCUACUCGAACACCGUCGUCCUUCAACAUCAUUCCGUGGUGAUGACCAAGGCCGAUAAGAUUUACAAGGUGAAGUGCACCUACGAUAUGUCCUCCAAAAACAUCACCUUCGGAAUGAUGCCUAUCAGGGACCCGGAAAUGAUCAGUAUCACCAGCGCGCCGGAAGCCCCUCCUCCGAGGAUUCGCAUCCUCGACAGCAGGUCCAGAGAAGUCGAGACUGUCCGCAUAGGGGACAAACUGACCUUCAGAAUCGAAAUCCCGGAAGACACUCCCUAUGGUAUCUUUGCUCGCAGCUGCGUCGCCAUGGCGAAAGACUCGAAGAGCACGUUCCAGAUCAUCGACGACGAAGGAUGCCCGGUCGAUCCAUCGAUUUUCCCCAGCUUUACCCCAGACGGAAACGCUCUUCAGUCCAUCUACGAGGCGUUCAGAUUCACUGAAUCCUACGGCGUGAUCUUCCAAUGCAACGUCAAAUACUGUUUGGGACCCUGCGAGCCGGCUGUCUGCGAAUGGGGACGCGAGUCGGUGGAAUCGUGGGGCAAGAGGCGUCGGAGGAGCAUCGCGAACGCGACGGAGGAGAAGGCGGAGGAUAUGACGCUGUCUCAGGAAAUCCUGGUUCUCGACUUUGGCGACGAGAAGCAGUCGGACUUCUUGAAGAGCGACGCUAGCAUAGACUUCAACGAAGCUGACAAAACGGUGACUAUCGUGGAGCCAUGCCCGACCAAGACAUCCGUGUUGGUUCUGGGAGUGACGUGCGCUCUCCUCGUUCUAAUCUACAUCUCCACGAUCUUCUGUUACUACAUGAAGAAAUGGCUUUCGCCUCGUAAAAUGAUGCCCUGA